AUGAGAGUUGACUCCCUACCCACCCUCUUUCAGUGGGCAAGAGACACUCUACUGAAGAAGGAAGCUUUAGCCAUUUCUGCUCUGGAGGAACUGCCCAGUCAUCUAUUCCCAGAGAUGUUCAAGGUGGCCUUCACUGAUAGGCAUACAAAGGUCCUGAUUACAAUGGUGUCUGCCUGGUCCUUCCCAUGCCUUCCUGUAGGAACCCUAAUAGAGAACCCUCAUCUGGAGACUUUGAAAGCAGUGCUUGAUGGGUUGAAUGUCCUGGUAACAAUGAAAGUUCAUUCCGGUACGUGCAAACUCAGAGUCCUUGAUUUGAGGAGGAAUGUGCACCAUGACUUCUGGAGCAUACAGACUAGAUCCCAUGAAGAUAACUGCCCAGCACAGAUUGUGGCACAGAAGCAGCCAGUGGAGACCUGCCCUAACCCUAGAAGGGAGAUACAUUUUAUGGUGGUAACCGACUUUGAACUCAUGCAGGAGAGUUUCGAUGAAUGGACCAUAUACUUGAUGCAGUGGAAACAGGAGAGAAAAUCUCUAUGCUGUAGGAAGCUGAAGAGUUGUGCCUCACCAGUCUCUAAUGUCAUAGAGAUCUUUAAAUUGGUGGAUUUAAACUGUAUCCUGGAGCUACAGCUGAGUCAGGGGUGGCCUGAAUUCCUGGAAGAACUUGAUCCUUACCUGGAGGGAAUGAAUAAUCUUCACACGCUCAUGUUAGAGGGAUUGAAGCCCAUCAGUUUUACUGCUUGUGAAGAAGACCAGGAAGACGAGUGGCAAAGCACGUUGCCUUCUCUGCUCUCCAACUUUGGCUGUCUCCAGAAUCUCUAUUUGAAUGAUAUCUACUGUCUAGAAGACUCCCUUGACAAGUGGCUUGGCUGCCUGAAGACCUCUUUGAAGACCUUGUCAAUUACGGACUGCCCUAGGCUCUUACAGUCAGACUUCGAGUGCCUGCCCCAUUGUCCGAAUAUUUGUAAGCUCAAGCAUCUGAACCUGAAUGCUCUCUUUCUACCUGAUGUAGGCUAUGAGCUUCCAGGGCUCAUCCUUGAGAAAGUCACAAGUACCCUGCAAAUUCUGGAACUGGAGCGGUGUGGAAUGACGGACCCUCGUUUCAAAGCCCUCAUGCCUGCCCUGAGCAAAUGCUCCCAGCUCCUUAAAGUCACCUUCUAUCAUAAUGAUAUCUCCCUACUUGUCCUGAAGACCCUUCUUUGUCACACAGCCAAACUGAGCCAGCUGACGCAGCAGCUGUACCCUGCCCCUCAGGAAUGCUAUGAGGAUUACAAGAUACAUAAAGACAGAUUUAAGAAACUCUGUCCAGAACUGCUGAAGAUACUUAAGGUCAAAAGGCAGCCCAAGAAAGUCUCCUUUACUACACAUACCUGCUUGAAGUGUUUACAUUCCUGUCAUUAUUAUUAUAACCUGUAGGCUACAGAUUGCCUUUGUCAGUGCAUUUGUCAGUAA